CCGGCCACCGAGCGUGACGGACGUGUGCUUCAUGGGCUCCCAAGGAGCGGCUUUAGCGGCCCAGCCGGGUCGCGGUAUCAGGAGCACUGAAAUGCCUGCCCAGGAUUAUGAAAUGGUUGUUCCUCAUCUGCCAUCAGGUUCGAGUGUUUUGAACACAGUAUUUUUGCAUGGUGAUGUCACCGCCAGGCCAUAUCGUGUCGAGCAUUUUCGCGACGCCCUAGCGCGUCUCUCAUUGCUGCCGGAUGUGGUUGCCCUUGGGGCAUAUCAGAUGAACCACCUGUGGGCUGUUACUUUCAACAGCGAAGGAGCGAAGGCAAAGAUUCUGCAGGCCGAAGCUUUCAAUGUGAAAGACCACCGCUGCGUGGUUAUUGACCCGACCAACCGAGGUGUCAGGCUGAAGCUGUUUUGGCUGCUCCACGGUGUGCAAGACGACGACGUGCGAGUGGCAUUAGCAGCGUUCGGAAAAGUGACUGAAAUAACCCGCGAUAAAUGGAGGGUUAAAGGCUGCGUUGACAAGGCUUCAACAACACGGUCGGUUACACUGAAACUGAAGGUGGGUGUUACCAUCGAGGACUUGCCCCAUCAGUUGCGUGUUGGUGAGGACGUUGCUCUCGUCCAUGUUCCUGGCAGGGCUCCGCUCUGCCUUCGGUGCCGUGGAAAAGGACAUAUACGCCGUGAGUGUCGGGUGCCACGCUGCGGGCUAUGCCGGCGUUUCGGCCACGAUGAGAGCCAGUGCGUGCGUAGCUACGCUAAUGUUACGGGCCAGGCACGAAAUGAUGAAGUGGCCGAACACAUCAUGGAUGAAGCAGACGCGGUUGAAGCAACCCACGGAAGUGAGGGAGAUGAUGCCAUCAAGGAGUCAACAUCCAAGGAAACCGCACCCGCACCCCUUGCAGAUACCAGCGAAGCCGGUAAGGACCAAACCCAGCCGGCCGUCGCAUCAAAGCCAGCGUUCCUUCCGGAAAAAGCGGAUAGCGCGACAGCUGUAAGCCUGGUUACGACUGGGCAGCAGGGCGACAACCAGGAAGACGCCGAUACCGAGAUGCCCGCCGCGUCAAGUGUACCAGUGAAGCGGGCUCACGAGGAUUCGGAUAUUCAGGAACCGAGAUUGGUCGGUGAACGCGGCGAGGAGCCUCCGCCGAAGGCACCUUCAACGCGCCGUGGACCGUUCAAGCCCAAACCGAAAUUGCCACCGGAACGCAGUACUGCGUCUGCUCUCCCUCCGCCUUAGCGGAGGCUACCUUUGCCACAACGGUUGAAGCCCGGUCUUUGAUCGGGUCAGUACUAAGCUCAAACGCCUUAAUGGAUAUGGUUUCACCCUGUUUGAUGUGUGAGUAGUCUGAUCGGCGUCUCCCUUUUCCUUAGAUGGCUACCAACCUCACGUCCAGCUUACGUGUUGCUACGCUUAAUGUAAGGGGCCUGUCGGCGCGUAGAAGGCAACUGCAACUGAACCGCCUUCUGCUAGAAAACGAAAUAGAUUUGCUCGCGGUUCAGGAAACUAAAAUUGAAGACGAAGAACAAACAGACAGAAUG